AUGUCGGAUAUGCUGAGUAGCCCAUAUGGGCUGUCCGUCCGCAGAAACGGCUCCUGUCUCGUCACCGAAGAAGAUUGCGGCCAAACCUGGGCACCCUUCCGUGCCUGUUGUCCCGGAGGCACGAAAUGCCCAACCGGUCAAACAAACGUGAAGUGCUGCCCAUCAGACGCAGACUGCUCCGAGUUGCUUGAUGACACACAUUGUGCAAAUAGCACUGCAAAUGUUUUUAAGGCGAAUGAUUUCUUUUGCUGCGCUGCUGGCAUGCAGGCUUUCCAGAAAAAGAACUCAUUUGUCGGCUGCACCAAUGAUACAUCCACCUUGGACAGUAAUAUGUCUCUCUUGAAAAUCCGGUAUCAUGGCUCUACCUCAACAGCCUUGCCAUCGUCGACAAUAUCCAGUACAAUUUCCAGCGCCACGACCACUACUAGUACUGCAGAUACCACCACCUCUCUAAGCGAGACGGAUAAUUCGUCAUCAUCAUCAUCAUCAUCGUCAUCGUCAUCGUCCAAUACCGGAGCCAUUGCUGGUGGCGUUGUUGGCGGAGUAGCAGGGUUGGCCAUCCUGGCUGGUCUACUCUGGUUCCUACUCCGUCGCCGAAACCGGGCAAAGAAGAGCACAGGAGCACCUAUAGACCCAAGCCCUCUAAUGUCAAGUGCUCCCGGGUCGAGUGUUCAUGGAUCGAGUGUUCCUGGGUCGAGUGUUCCCGGGUCAAGUGUGCCUGGAUCGAGUGUCCCCGAAUCGAGUGUCUCCAGACCAAGUGUUCCUGGAUCGAACAUUGUUGAGUACUACAAUAAGGCCCCCGAAAGCCUGGUGCCACAACCACCGCAAGAGCUUGCUGGUCGAGACGAGAAUAUGAUCCAUGAGUUGCCAUCGCAGGCGGCACAUCGUUGA